CUGGUUACUGCUCACUUCGCCGAAACCGUACAUGCACCGCAACCUCCCAUGAACACAAUCAAUGUCGAGGGUUUUGUUUUGCUCUUCAUGUGACUUUUUACGGGAUUUGAUUUGAGGUAUAAAGGUGAUUCCACUGACGAUAUUAAAAAAUAUGAAGGAUACACUAUUAACACUGUGUGUUUUUAUAUGCACGGCAUUGCUCAGCGAAGGUUUGCCAGGCGAUCAGCUUCAAAAGCAGGAAGCUAUUCACAAUGAACAUAAUGAAACUACAAAUUUGAACGCGCAAAAAGAUGCUUUGAAUGGUAACUCAUCGCUGGAAACUGUAUCACCUCAUGGACUUUCCACCAAUUUGGGUCUGAGUGAUGAAAUGUUUUGUAAGUUGUGCGUUUGUGACGCUCCGUUUGAUGAUAGAUGUCUGGUAAGAUGCUGCGGUAAGAAAAUGUCACCGCCUGAAACAGUUAGGUCUAGGGAAACUGUAGCAAGCCCAGCUUUAAACCCAUCAACAACUACAAAAGAUGCCGAUCGACAAGUUCAGCAUAAUGAUACCAGCCACCUUGAAACAAAAUCAAAAACAACCAAUGAACAUCAUGACGGUGAUGCUGUGAAGGAAGUCCGUGAAGACCACCAUUUGAUUGUAGUUGACUCCCACCCGGCUAGCAGUAUGCCUACUCAUCCAAAAGCAACAAUUGAAACUGAACGAGAUGCUGAACCCCGCCUUGAAAGUCAGCAUCCGGAAACAGGAAAACCGGAGACUGAAUCUGACAGGUCAUUGCAUCCCAUCUACAACUUGAAAGCUAACAGUGUCAAAAUUGCAAAUCAUGGGUCAGGCAGUGCUAACCACUCCACAAAUGUAUGGAUUGUCGCCACUGUACUUUCAUCGGCUGUUAUGAUUGGUGCCUUCUUCAUUUUAAUGAAAAAAUGGAAACACAGAACAUUGAGGGAAGCGUUUCUAAUUAGGAGAGGGAGUGGGUACAGUGAAAUCCGACCAUCUUGCCUUAGAGAUGUACUCGAUGAUCACAGCGAUUGAGGCGGUCAUAUAUUUUUUUCCUCAUCAAUUUUUAAUUGUCAAAGCUAAUGCUCCACUUUUUCUCAAGUUAUAAUUCGUAAGAAACUGCAUAAUUUAUUUAUUAACCUACCAAAUUAUAAAACAGAACUUCCAAAGUUCAAUUAGACCGUAUUUUUGAUAAUUUAAUCAGUUUAUUAUCUUAAUAAUAUCAUCAUAUAGAGAGCCAAAUAUGUAUUUAUUUAUGCUAUAUAACAUAUCUACACAUUCUUAUAGGUACUAGAUAUUGUUGUUAUAUUAUUUUGGUUGUUGUUGAUGGGUAUCAUUAUUAUAUUAUACAGAAUUGGUGAAAAUUAUGGAAACAGCUUACUAUUUCUUUAACAAGGAUAAUGACUUUGGCAGUAGGUUUCAUUGAGGAAUUGUGAAAAAAAUACUUUUUGUCGCUUCCCAAUUUUUGUCUGCCAUCUUGGAUUUGCCAUUUUGAAUCAAACUAAAUUUUUUUCAAUAUGUAUGUGUAUUAUGCAUGAUUUUGGUACAGAAUUUAAAGAGAAAAUUAAUGGCGAAAACCGAAAAUCGAUAUCUCAUACUAAGCUGUUUCCAUAAUUUAAACCAACUCUGUAUAUUGUCAUGCUCCUAUCUUUAGUUUUUUGAAUUCCUUAUAAUUUUGUUUUAAAAAUAUUCUAUUAAUCCCAUUUGAAGAUUGUAAAGUAGACUUCAAUCUUUACGAUGAACCUGAUUUAAUUUUAGCUAUGUUUACUAGAUAGAUCGAUAGAAUUGUUAUUAACAUUAGUUAGAAAUGUAAGCUAACAGUGCAAAUUUAUUCUAAACAAUUAAGGUCAACAUAUGUUUUAGUUGAUAAUCAAGUUCCUCUAUUAUUAUUAUUAUUAUUAUUAUUAUUAUUAUUUUUGAUUAUGUGUUUUCCUUCGCCAUUCAGUUAUGAACCACUUGAUAUGCCUUACAAUGUGAUGGCUUUGCUAAGUUGUCUAGACUUCAGGCAUUCCUGCUGCUAUGCUUCAUCCUUGUCGUCUCUCGUAUUUCCUCUGAGAUGGAAACUAAGAGGUUUUCACUUCAUUCUAUCGUAUCUAUAAAGGAAUAGAUCUACAUUGUACAUUAUUGAAAUUAUUCUUUGCGAUAAAAUGUCAUUAAGAUCCAAAAGAUCGUAAUCAUUUUUGAUAGUUGAACCUAUAGAUUUCCCCCUAUUUAUUUCAUUUCAUUCAUCCAUAAUCUUCAUAAUUCAUCAUUAGAUAUUCAAUAUAACUUUUCCAAAGUCGAGUUUUGUUUUGUUUUGGAAUUAUUUCCAAGCCAACUAAAUUUUAUUAAAUUCCGUGAAUAAUAUUUUAUAUCUGUAUAUAUAUCUGAUUUUAAUAUAGAUUAGGGCUAAUGGUAGAAGAAACUGUAUCAAUCUUUUGCUGCUGUUGUGCCUUAUUUAGAGACUAAAUACCUGAAUUCACUAUUUUAUGCAUUUUGGGAGGUAUAUAAUAUUUCCGAAGCUUGUUUUUAUUAAGACAAAUUAUAAAUUUACAAUACAGUAUUUUUCCAGCUUAUAUCAUAUUAUUCUUUAAAAAUGUUUUUCAUAUAAAGAUACAGUAAUGCAGAACUGUUUCUAAUUUGUAGUUAUAUCUUUUUCCAUAAUUUCCAAAUUUAUUUAUUUUAAAACCCAAACCUAUUAUCACUAAUUUACGUAAAAUACAUUAUUUUAUUUUCCCUACAAAAGAUCUGAUACUACUUUUGUGACUAUAAACUUUUUAAUCCGUUUUUCCAUUUCAAUUGCUUACUUCUAAAUUUAUCGAUAUGAUAAAUAAAUGUCUAACUAGAUAAUAAUUUCAGAUAACUUAUGUGGAAAUAAAAUAUUAUUGUGAUUAACUGAGUGGAAAAGGAAAAAAUAUUCAAGUAAAUAAAAUGAACAGAAAGGAAUAUGUAAAAACUUAACAUUUUCCACAUUAAUAUAUACAACUUGGAAAACUCAUGUAAAUGACCUCCAAUAGUAUAACAAUUUCUACCACAAUUUGUACAAUAUUAUUGACGGGCUAUUACUAAUUUCAUUUCCUACAUGUAGAAUUAAUUUCAACAACCAACAUUAUAAAUUCUUAAUCAGUUUAUCUGAAUCAAAUUUAUAUAUUUUGUGCUUUAAAGUAAUAUUAUGUGGUUUAUGUGAGAGAGUAAACAUUUUUAUUUUUUAUAAAUUAUAUUAUAAGCUCUUUAUUCAUCUGAUGUACUAGUAUCUUGCCACAUCUUGUAGCUGGAUGAAAUGGCUGUGCUCUAGUUUUCAGAAAGGCGCCUCUUGCCUAUUUUGUUAUUCUAUUUAUCCUAGUUAUUCCUUCUAUCCUAUUUUUCUACUAUAUUACUUAAUCUUAAAAAACAUAAAAACAGAAAUAAAACUAUCAUUAAUAUAAUAAAUUUUAAAUAAAAAAAUAUAAGCUUUUUAAAUUUAAUAAAAAGAGCCCAGGGGAAAAAAGAUGAAUGUCCAAUCGAACUCAUUUUGAGAAAAAUGGAAUAUUAACUUUCAAGACUCUGUGUUGAUUGCACAAUAAAAAAAUCAAUACAGCUCCACUGCCAAGCUAUAAAAUGCAUAUUGCUUAACUAGUGCAACUACACUUUAUGGUUUUUAAUACUAAUUUAUUAGGUUGAUUUAAUAUUUUACAAUACUUACUACCGAACAUUGUAUGUAAAAAAGAUGAGGGUCCAUAUUUUGUACUGAACAUUGUAUGUAAAAAAGAUGAGGGUCCAUAUUUUGUUCCGGGGAGAAAAGGUGAGGGUCCAAAAAAAUUCAAUGUGCUUGUGAAACAAGUUGUCGAAAUGUAUUACAUAUUAUUCAUGUAUAUAAGGAAAUAGGCCAUAAAUUUGAAAAAUAAUUAAUAAUGUGGCAGACUAUUGAAAUACUCUUGUGCAGCUCCAGAGCAAAAUAUUUUUAAAUGCUGUAAGUGUUUGAACUUUGCUGCGGAAAUGGGCAGUUUACUAAAAUACAAUUGCCCUGCAAGAUGAAAAAGUCCUUCCUUCAAUGACAGUCUCUUGCGUUUUGCAUCAAUUACCACACUCUCUGACUGGGCGACUUUUGAAAGGGCACUUUUUAACAUAGAUAUCAGAAAGGAACUUACUCCAAGCUUUGAACAUUUUCUGAUCAUCACAAGAGACAACCUUGAACGGUGAUGGUUUGGCCCUAGCACUUUCCACGACACUAUUCCAUUCACUAGGUAGCUCCACUCGAGUUUUUUGAUUGAUUAACCCCAUGUUUCUGUCGCACUCUAAGUACGAAUGUCCCCGAACAGGAAACACGAGUUUUAUUGAUUUUAGUCUUUUUAUGAAAUGUACAAUGUAGUGAAUUAAUCGAAAAAUUGUGUAGUUUUUAUUUUGUCCCCCACACGAGUCGCAGAAAAUGGUGAGCUCUUCUACUUGAGGGUCUAAGUGGUUGAAGAUAAAGUCAAAAAGUACAGAUGACACAUCGUCUGACCCCUUUUUCCACAAACUUCAGGAUAUGUGUAAAACACUGCUUCUGCGGUGGACAACACAUGUACGUUAAACAUGUAAAAAGAUAACUGUCGACGAUAAUACACAUCAUUAGUUUGAAUAUUAGGAACUGGGAGGUUUUUUCAAAAUCCAUUGCAAUAGCUUCUUUUUGAGGGUUCUUUUGUGCUUCUUGUCUAGCAGCUCUUUUCCGAUCAUAGAAAGUUUUUGCUUCGCGUAAGUGUACCUCCUUUUUUGUUUGCAGGGACUCUAAUUCAUCACUCAACUCCUUGUACUCAUUCAAAUCUGGAUUGGUUUUUUUUAAUUUUGUUAUUUAAUGCAUCAAUUUGAACCGAUACUUCGUCACAAAAACUACAGGUAUCACUGCGAGGGUAUCCAAAAGAUAUGUUGAAUUUCGAAUUGAAUAUUUCUCUGUAUUUCUCAUAUGAAACUUUGUGAUCUGGAAACUUUUCCUUGUACAUAUUGUACAUUUUUUUGACAUUAAGAUCGUCGGGCAAGUACAGCUUCUUGGAUUUUGCUAAGCUGUAGUGCGAUUGUCUUGCUUGAAAUGACUUGAUGUGCUCGAAAACCAAAUCAGCUACUUCUUCAAGAAUUUUUUUGGGCCUGUUCUCGUGUUUACCACGUUUAUCAAGGGGAGCCUUACCGGUAGUUUUGAGUGCUUCUUGUAGGGUCUGCACUCUUUUAGCAGUGAUCCCAUGAAGGGAUAAAAAAGCCUUGUAGCAUACAGGUAUUUCACAAAGAUCAUUGUUCUUUAAGGCUCUUACCUUGUAGGUAUAAGAAUAGGAAUGAAAGUCAGCAUCGUUUUCUGGGACGAUGUCUUGUAACUGGUUUGCAUGCAAUAAGUCCACAAAGAUACACUGACAUAAGUUUUAAUCUGAUUAAAGUCUGAUAUUAAAGUUCUUCUGAUAUCAGGGGUAACACUUUCAAAACACUUGAGUUUCUUGCAAUGACAGUCUUCGCCGGUCUCAUGACUACUUAAACACAAUUUCUUUGCAACAUCAGUCAUCCUACCGAAUGAUUUGCGUUUCUUGCAGCUAGCAGGUUUACUCACUGUUUCAUCAUCUGACAUUUUCACCACUAUAAUGCUAUCAAAUUAAUAGAACUUCAAAGCUAAGGGUAAAAUAACACUAGAUCACUGAGAACACAAUGCUAAUAGUUCCAUUUCAGGCAACACAUAACCUCAACAGCAGCAACGAACACUGAAAUCAGCUGUACAAGCAACAGAGUGGUCAUAUGGCAGCCAAUGGACGCUCUUGGACCCUCAUCUGUUUUUCCCACAUUCACUGGCGCCCUCAUCUUUCUUCCCCAGACCUGCAAAACUUCAGACUACAAUAACUUUGUACUCUCAUCUUUCUUGCCUGAAAUGGAUAGCCUAUCAGAUUCUACAGGAUCAAGUCUAUAAGAAAUAACCUCUAUUUCAAAACCGACAAAAAUUGGACCCUCAUCUUUUUUCCCCUGGCCUCUUCUACUAAUGUAAUAUUAAUGAGUUGAAAUUUGUCUUUAUUCAUCAAGAAUUUCAUCUAAUAAUAAGUAAUGCAUUAUGUUAUGAAUUCGGGAGCUAUAUUUAUUCUUGUUAAUCUAAAUUUUGUAAUAUAUACUUCAAUAUUACUUAUGAGUUAGAAUAAUUCAUCUUAGAAUUGGUAAUGGAAUAUUGAAAAUUUAAGAGCGUCAAAUGUGUCUUAUAUCUUAUAAGUAUGUUGCAUUCCUUGGAUAUCAUUAAGUAUGGUGAUAAUAAAUUUGCAUUAGGCUACUGGUUGAUGUUAUACUUAGUUUUAUAUAAUAUAGAAUUAUUUGACUUUCAAAUUGUGACCUCUGUUAAUGUUAUACAGCUCUACAACCAAAGACGUAACGAGAGCUUUAUUAGUGCUGCUUUGAGGUUUUAAGAAUUUGAAUCAGCGUAUCAUUUUCUGAUUUGCCUUGGAAUACCAUUGAAUAAUCGAAUUUGAAAUCACUACAUCUGAUGUUAAUGCAUAAAAAAUGAGUGGAAUAGAAUUUUUUUAAUAUAUAUAUUACUUCAAUAUUACUUAUAAAAUUAUAGAAUGCAUCAAUCGGAAAUGAAAAUAUUAUUUUUAAAGAAAACUUAUGAUAAAGAGUGUUAUCCGCUUAUUUGUUCUCACACUUUUUUAUGUAUUUGAACACGACAUGCAGUCAAUUUAUUAAGUAAAUAAUUAAAAACUUUUACUUACUGACUGAACUACUGUUGCUGGUGGCUUUAUAAAUUUCAAACUGUUCUGCUUUAUUUAACAGUUUGAAAUUUAUAAAGCCACCAUCCUAGACAGUAGCAACAGUAGUUCAGUCAGUAAGUAAAAGUUUUUAAUUAUUUACUUAAUAAAUUGACUGCAUGUCGUGUUCAAAUACAUAAGAAAAGUGUGUUAAUACAAAGCAGCUCGGAAUGGAUCAAGAAACCAUCAGAUUUAUUUGUUCUCAUAGAGCUCAUUGAGAGUUAUCCUUUCAAAGUUACCUAUCACAAAUCAAAGGAGUAAAAGAUAGAUUUUUCAGUGAAUAUAAUGUUAUAAGAAUUAGUAUAUUGAAAAAAUGAAUCUUACAAUAUGAAAUGGCGAUUUUUUAAUGUUAGAAAUAAUGGAUAAGUUUUUAAUAAUUUUAUCAAUUUGUUAUCUUAUGUAGUUUUUAAAGAUAUUUUUCAUUCAUAUCCCAGAAAUACACUUGAGUUGAAUGCAGAUGAUUCCUCAAAUAAUAUACAAUAAUAUCUUGAAAAAAAUAAGAAAAGGAGACAUUUUAUAUUGUGCGCUAGAAUACAUUGUAGUUUUUUUAUAAUAUGUAUUUUAAUAGAAUGUAAAGCUAAAUAAUAAAGUGUGUUGAUUCUUUCCAUUGUAA